AUGAAAGCAAAAACUUCAGCAGAAAGUAAUAACAACUCUCUUCCUGGUCGACGGAAACCAAAACAUCAGGGAAGGUUCAAGAAACGUCUGUCCACUAUCCUACACACCCAUGUAGCGCUGAUUGUCCUGUGUACACUGGCAGUGAUGGAUGCAGGAUGUGUCAUCGGCCAAAUUAUCAGCGAUAUCCUUAUCAUGAAAGAUGAACUUCAGGAGAAGCAACAGAUGGAAGUUUAUACCAAGUCUGUCCUCUUAGACUUGUUUCCAGUUCGUCUAAAUAAGACGAGUUGGGAUAAAAAGCCUUUGUCAGACAUCCUAGUUAUACUGAGGGAGUGUUUCGAUGAUGUCAAAGCGACGGACAUCCAGGAGAAGAGAAUAGCGUUGGAGAAGUUACUCUCCAACACCACGCCUCACUCCUGGCACCACUUGGAGCAUGUCAAAGGGCGACAUAAGCGGGCAGCAGGUGGAAACCACCAACAUUCAUUCCAGGACAAAAAUAAAUAUAUCCAGCACCACAUCCUUCAUGAGCUUACCCAUGCUUUCCAUCUCGGCAGCAUGGUCAUUCUCACCAUUUUACUCAUUGAGACAUUUUUCAAAGUAUUUGCAAUGGGAAAGAAAUUCCUGUCACAUAAAGUGGAGGUGUUUGACGCAUUUGUUAUAACUGUUUCGUGGACACUAGAUGUGAUAUUUUGGGAAGGUUUAUGGGCACAUCCUGAGACGGAGGCUGCUCAUAUCAUGAUCUUCAUUCUCCCCUGGAGAGUUAUAAGGAUUGUUAACAGUUUCGUUAUGGUCAUCCAGGAAAAAGAUCAUUUACAACUGAAGAUUGUUAAACAGCAAUACAGGGGAUCGGUUAAAAGGGCAAGCGAUAUGAAAAUGAAGGUGGAGUUAUAUAGGAUCGAAUUGAGACAGCUUCAAAGCCUGUGUAGAAGACGAGGGGCCACAGAUCGUGAAAUCCAACAGUGUGCGCCUGAAGGUAAGAGGAGAAGGAGCAGUUUAUUGCCUGUACUAACAAGAUUGGCUUCAGUCGGGCUGUUGGGAUCGGUCAGUAGUUCAACAGAUUUAACGAAAGACGCUGCCUCCAAUGAUACGUCCGACGAGGAGGAUUCCGCCGUUGAUCUGUCCAGUCGUCCAAAUAGCAACUACAGUAAUUUCAGUAGCAGUGAUUGUUUAAGUCUUGGAAGAACAAUUUCAACCGCUAGCAGUAUUUCAGCUGUUGCCUAUCCCAAUACUCCUGUUAGCACGGAAAACUUAGUGAAAGAUAACCCUGUUUUUGCGUCAGAUGAAGAAUCCUCCAAUUACAAGGAGGUGACGGAGACAAAAACCAAUGAAGAGAGCUUUUUCACGAAGCUUUGA